AUGCGUAUCGCAGUCUGGCCGACGAAGAACCCGUCCGGACGCGCUGGCCGCUUUACCUCUGAUACAGUUCGUUCAGGCAUGCCCAAUAGCCUGAGCGAAACAACGCUUGCUGUGACGCAGCCUCCGUCCGGGGUGAUGACCCCAGUCAACCCGUCGGAGUAUCCAGAUGUUCAAUUUGAGGAUCUCGAGAAGGGUCUGGGAGACAAGACCGACAUUGAUCUUCCCAGGCAAGAUGAUCAUGGUUGGCGACGUAUUGUCCGUGGAUUCACCCCAUCCAUGUUCUCCAUAACGAUGGGUACAGGUGUGGUCGCAAUUCUGCUGCACCAGAUGCCCUACAACAGUAGUUGGACAAAUUACCCAUGCUACAUCGUAUUUGGACUCAACGUCUUAAUAUUCGUUAGUGCUCUGUUUGUCUCCAUCUUACGGUAUGCUUUGUGGCCUGAGUUGUGGCCGGCGAUGAUCAACCAUCCGACUCAUUCUCUGUUCUUGGGCUGUUUCCCGAUGGGCCUUGGAACUAUUGUCAACAUGAUUGUCCUGGUCUGCGUGCCGGCGUGGGGUCCUUGGGCUGCGACAAUGGCAUGGGCGUUAUGGUGGAUUGAUGCUGCUCUUGCGGUAGUCAUUUGCUGUUCAGUCGCUUUCCUGAUGAUUUCGGUUCAUGAUGUGUCUCCUGAGAAGUUGACGGCGGCUUGUUUGCUCCCUGCUGUCAGCUGUAUCGUGGCCGCAUCGACAGGCGGUCAGGUUGCACAGAUGGAGUCGCUAGAAGCACAUGAAGCGCUCUGGACGUUACUCACCUGCUACUGCUGUUGGGCAAUCGGCUUUUUUGUUGGGUUGAUGAUUUUGUGCAUCUACUUCUACAGGCUGUUACUGUUCAAGCUGCCUUCUCAGGAAGUUGUUGUUAGCGUGUUCUUGUCUCUGGGCCCUCUUGGUCAGGGAAGCUUCGGAAUCUUGCAAUGUGGAAAAGCUGCAAAGAUGAUAUUCCCGAAACUUACCAUCCUGCCGGAAGGAGCUGGUACUAUACUAUACAUCAUGGGCAUCAUCAUGGGACUUAUUAUCUGGGCGAUGGCCAUUCCUUGGAUGUGUUUUGCAGUUGGCUCCGUGUUGCGCCUGAAGCUGAGGUUCCCCUUCAAUAUUGGCUGGUGGGCUUUUUUGUAUCCAGUUGGCGGUGUCGCUUCAGCAACCAUCACCUUGAGUUCAGAAUUGGACUCUGCGUUCUUCCGGGUGAUUGGAGAGACUCUCACUGCCAUCAUCGUCCUCGUUUGGAUCGUAUGCUUCGUCAGAACUGUUCGGGGAGCUUUCUCAGGCGAACUAUUCCCGAAGCCAGGCGUCUGUGAACUACGUCCAGACUCGGGAGCAAAGACUCCGUGA